GGCCCCGUUCCACGCGGCGGCCGUUCUAAGACGGCGGAGCGCUCCCGCGGCCUAGCUCACCGUGGUAUCGCGGAGUUCGGCGACAGGCACUGGGGGCUCCGGGAGGCUCUGUGUCCCUAAAAGUGGUUUAAGCCUCCCACACACCCGAGCCCCUAUCCCUGCCAAGGCGCCCGGGCCCCUCUGCUCCGCCGCAGCCCUGCCGGACUACAGUUCCCAGCGUGCAUCGCACCGAGCUCCGCUAGCCGAGAAUCCGGUGGCUGGGGUCCGGUGACUUCUGGCCCGCCCUCAUCCAAAGCCUGGCUGCCGGGGGAAGCCGGUACAGUCCAAAACGGAUCCAGCGUCCGUUGUGGUCGCUGCCCGGAGCCUAGAGGAUCUCAGUUCUUUGAAAUUGAGGAACAUGAUAAGGAGUUGGCUGAUUAUUUUUAUCCUUCUUCCCCUGAAGCUCAUAGAGAAAUGUGAGUCAACAGUCGACUUCACUGUUCCUCCCACUGUGAAGCUGGAAAAUGGAAGCUCAGCCAACAUCAGCAUCACGCUUCAGCAUCCAUUAAAUGCAACCUUGGUGAUCACUUUUCAAAUCACAUUUCGUUCAAAAAAUGUUACUAUCCUUGAGCUCCCUGAUGAAGUUGUGGUGCCUCCCGGAGUGACAGAUUCCUCUUUUCAAGUGACAUCUCAAGAUGUUGGACAAGUUACUGUUUAUCUGCACGGAAAUCAUUCCAACCAGACCGGCCCGAGGAUCCACUUCUUGGUCAUCCACAGCAACGUCGUUAGCAUCAUAAACCAGGUGAUUGGCUGGAUUUACUUUGUGGCCUGGUCCAUCUCCUUCUACCCUCAGGUGAUCACCAACUGGAGGCGGAAAAGUGUCAUUGGCCUGAGCUUUGAUUUCGUGGCCCUGAACCUGACAGGCUUCGUGGCCUACAGCGUGUUCAACAUUGGUCUCCUCUGGGUACCCUACAUCAAGGAGCAGUUUUUCCUCACAUAUCCCAAUGGGGUGAACCCCGUGGACAGUAAUGAUGUCUUCUUCAGUCUGCACGCAGUCGCCCUCACCCUGGUUGUCGUGGUGCAGUGCUUCCUCUAUGAGCGAGGCAACCAGCAUGUGUCCUGGCCUGCCGUCAGCUUCCUGGUGCUCUCCUGGGUCUUCGUGCUCAUCACCAUGAUUUUGGCUGCGGUCGGGGUAAUCCCAUGGCUGCGAUUUCUCUUCUGCUUCUCCUACAUCAAGCUCGCAGUGACGCUGGUCAAGUAUUUUCCCCAGGCCUACAUGAACUUUUACUACAAAAGCACCGAGGGCUGGAGCAUUGGUAACGUGCUUCUGGACUUCACUGGGGGCAGCUUCAGCCUCCUCCAGAUGUUCCUCCAGUCCUACAACAAUGAGCAGUGGACACUGAUCUUUGGAGACCCAACCAAGUUUGGACUCGGCAUCUUCUCCAUCUUCUUCGAUAUUGUCUUCUUCAUUCAGCACUUCUGCUUAUACAGAAAGAAACCAGGGCUUCAGGCAGCACACACGGGUUUGAACAGCUGUCCCAGGCAGGAUUGGGUGCUGAACUUGGAGCCGAAGGCCUUGACCUAAGCAACCAGUGUUUCUGGGAGCAGCUUGAAGGACUGACCCCACAGUUGUGAGCCAAGGGUGCUUUGCUGCCACUGCUGUGUUCCCAGAGACCCAAGCAGCCAGGUGGUGUGGCCAGUGGACUCAGAGGUGCUGGUGCUGAUGCUGGUGGCAGAGGGGACAGGACUGAUUGGGGGUUAGGCCUUGGGGGAGGGGGUCCCUUCUCUGAAGGCCACAUGCUCUGAGCAUUCAUCUUCCUGACACUCAUUCUACAUAAUUCAACACCCACAACUGUAAUCACAGGUCGCCCAGGCUAGGGUCUGGUAAAGAAACUGGAUUUCUGAGCCUUGAGGUGCCCAACAGAUUGGUUCUGAGCUACGCUUACGCCCAAACCCUCUGGAUCUUUAUCAUACUACCCCCUUUUGGAUUUUUUGGAGGGAUGUUUUGGAAGGGAGUGGCUUAAUUUCUUCACCUUCUGCCUACCUCUACUUUCCCAGAGUCAGGGACCCUAUGUACCCCUUCAGCUGCUCCUUAUCUUGUGUCUGAGUAUAGGACACGUGUGCGCAUGCACACACACACACCAUUCUGUGCCUUAGAGGCCAUAAGACCUGCCAAAUGGUGAGAGUAGCUCCCCUGUAGGGGAGGGCUGGCCCCCUUCCUUCACUUACCCCAGACACCUUCCUGAGACUCACCAAUUUUUUGGCUAUUCAGGAGCCUCACCUAAGGACUUGAGACCACCUCACAUAGUCCUCAUGGGCCCAACCCUUAUUCCAAACCUCUUUCCCUCUUUUCCCAGGCAGCUAUCCUUCCUGUGGCAGGAGGGGAGGGUCCCAGGAUGUGCCUUGUCAGCUCACUCUCAGACUUUUUACUACGAGACUAAUGAGGUGCUUAUAUCCUUAAUUAAAACCUGAUUUGUUUCCUUUCUGCACACGGAGCAUUUUGCCAGAUGUGGGAGGACAGGUGUGUUGGCUUCAGAACCAAUCCUUAGGGUUUAGGGAGACAGCCCUACUCACGUCACGUAAGGAAACGCAUGGGUUGCAAAGUAUGCUGAUGGCGGGGUAGCUGCGUACUGACCUGGCAGUUCGUCAGGGGAAGCCUCUUGGGUAGUGCAAGAUGCCUGCCUGCUCAGGGCCACGUGGGUCCCACGGGUGCCAUGUCUCUGCAGGGCAUGGUGUUCAAGCUGGGGUUGUGAGCAUGGGCUGGAUGGGUUAAGGGCACUCUCACUGAGGGGGAAGGGGAGGUGUCUUAUUUUUCAAUGAUUCCUCUAUCCAAAUUAUCAGAGAAUUUAGGAUUUUGUUUCCCUAAAGCAGAGAUUGUAGAAAUGGGAGAUUUCAGAUUUGAAACUUUGAAAAGCCGGAUUUGGCAGUUUUGGGUGGGUCCACGAAUGACAGUAAUUCCAAGAGCUGGUAGGGCAACCAGUGCUGGGCCAGGCAGAGGCCCCGGGCGGGUCUCCAACUUAGCCCCGUCUCAUCAGACCACAGUCUCUGGAAAUGUGGAGCCCCACUCCUGUCUGUGAUAACUGUACGCUCUCAAGAGUCUUAGGGGGUAGGGGUUUUUUCCAUGAACCCCGCAGUGCCCAGGAGCCCCUCCCGGGUGGAGCACAAGCUGAGUUACACAGGGGACCUUCCAGUGAAGGUGCUCCCCGAUGUUCCCACCGAUGCGGCCCUGGCCGCACAGCAAGUGGCAGGCCUGGCAUCAGCUGGGCUUCGUCUCAGAAGUGGUUGGGGGCCAGGGUAGUCAGCCCUACAACCAAAGCUCUAGCCACCAUCGACCCCCAGACACCCCUACCCUGUGCCUCAGCAAAAACCCCUUGUGAAUUCCAGCACUGUUUUAUUUGGGCCCAAGAUGUCAGGUAUGGGGCAAUUUCAUACUACCCCAUUUCCGUAGGAACCAAAGCAACGCUGUUAUUCCCAGGUGUGAAUUAGUAAGAUAAAUUUAAGAGUAGAAUUGGCAUUUCCAAAUAGUAAGGUAAAAAUGCUUUUGUAUCAAAGUUGUGAUUAAAAAAAUAUAAAGUUAAACCCACAGGCGUAGAAGGAAAUGGCAA